GUUAAGGUAAAUAUAACAAACAAAGACCAUUUGGAAGAUCAGCCUUGCAACACCACAUUGAUCCGCCUCCUCACUGCUUUGUUUUCGUUUGGAGCGACGAAUCGAAAGUAAACAAGAAAGAGAAAAUGGCGUUCGCGAUGAGAGUGAAGGUUCCACCAAACUCAGCGAAUUUACAAGAAGCUAGGCAUCGAACCUUUGAUUUCUUCCGUGCAGCUUGCAGAUCUAUUCCUUCGAUCAUGGAUAUUUAUAACCUAUACGAUGUUGUAAACCCUUCUGAGCUUCGCUCCACCAUCGCUGCCCAAAUCCGCAAGAACGCCCAUAUCACUAACCCUAAGGUGAUUGAUAUGCUGCUAUUCAAGGGAAUGGAAGAGUUGAGCAACAUAACAGAACAUGCAAAGCAACGACAUCAUAUUAUUGGCCAAUAUGUGGUUGGUAAUAAAGGGCUUGUUCAAGAUGUGGAUACAAAGGAUGAAGGAUUAUCUCCAUUUCUCAAAAAUUUCUACAAUUCCAACUACUAAUGAACAUCUCAAUCCCCAUGAUUAAGUCUUGUUUUAUGUGUUGGUUUUCAAAUAAAAACAUGUUUCUUGGAUUCUUGUAUGAAUAACAUCAUCCUUUUGCUUAUUACAAGCAAAUUUGUUGGAUACUAAAACAAAAUUUUCUCUAAGUCUUUUUUGGGGGUUACCCUUUGUUGGCUAUACAAUAUGGAAAUUGAUGCUUGUUUAUCCACUUUAGAUUUCAAAAUGGUUGAGUGUUACUUUCAAUAUUUGAUGGUUAGAAGGUGAGAAGGGUAUUUAUGUCUUUCACAUAUUGGAAAGAAAGCGAGAUUGUAUGUGUGUGUGUUUUUUUUUUAAAAAUUAUUUAUUUGGGUGGACAAAAGUUGUAAUAUUUGUUUUCUUGAGAUUAAUUUUACUCUCAGUCCAAUGCAUCACAAACAUAGACAUAAUCAUAUUAUUUUAAUAAUAUUUCGAAG